AGAUUAUCUAAUAAUUCUUUAAAUUUCACUCUUUAAUGUGUUUUUAUCUUCGAACUACAAGGAUAAAAAAUGUCGACUACAAUUAAGAUAAUAUACUCAAUAUGUGAUUCCCCGCGUAAUAUGCUGUUUGCGCUACGACUGGUGGAUUGAUGCUUGCCCGAGAACUGGGCGCUUUUGUGUAUUUAGGAUUUUCAAAUUUAUUUCUUAAACUGUCUGAUGGUUCUUUCUGGCUCAAAAGAGUUUGUGGAUAUGCUUUUGGCUCGUGAAUUUCCCAGUGCUGAAGAUUAUGUAUUGGUAAUGAAUGGUUGUGAUGUGUGUGGACACACUUUUAUGGCGAACGGCUUUCGGAAACCUGUGUUGGUGCGAUCAAAGGAUGGUCUCAGAAUCAAAGUUCCACUGGAAAAAUUCACGCAUAGGGAUCUCACUAAAUUUAUUGAUCCUGCCACCGUGGUCGAUGUUAUUGACGUCCGUCAACAGAUGGAGAUACAGAUGCCGCUAUGGGACUUGGUUGAUCAGUUCUCUCAUGAUACUCGACCGGUGUUGUUAAAUAUGCUAAGUUUGGAGUUUUCGAGAACUAGGUAACAAACAUUGUUUCUACAUUUAAGCAGCUUAGCCAAGUUUGUUCAUCCACCACACGUCGUAUCCGAACUCAGUCUUGUUACGACCUGUUGGCCAGAUGAUGAUGUGGAUGAAAAUGAACUAUCUGACGAAGUAGCACCGACUGUUCAAAAAUACUGUCUUUUGAGCAUGGAGGGUAGUUACACCGACUUUCAUAUAGAUUUCGGUGGCUCGUCUGUUUGGUAUCAUGUAAUGUGGGGUGAGAAAGUAUUUUAUCUAAUGCCACCUACUCCUGAAUACCUUUCGGCUUAUUGGCAAUGGUGCAUGAAUGACAACCACAGAACAAUAUUUUUUCCCGAUUUCGUGGCAGACCUACUUAGGAAAGGUUCAUGUGACACAGGUGAACCUACAGUAUAUUACCUGCAUGUUUCACCUGGUCAAACAAUCUUCCUUCCAUCUGGCUGGAUUCACGCUGUUUAUACACCUUCCGAUUGUCUUGUCUUUGGAGGAAACUUUCUCAACGAAUUGCAUGUUCCUACGCAACUUCGAGUUUAUCGCAUGGAACAAAAGUGUGAAACACCGAUGAAGUUUUUAUUUCCUAAUUUUGAAAAAGUUCACUGGUUUUAUAGUCAACGUUUACUAGACAAGUUAACUAAUAGCUUAAUGAAUGGCGAAAAUCCAGCUACACAUGACUUAGAUGCGGCGGAAAGUCUAGUUAAAGUUUUGCCAGUAUGGUAUGCUAAAAGACGUUCGCUUCCACCAGAGGAAAGACGAUAUUUUCUUCCUAGUCAAAAUCAAUUAGAUAUACCAUGUGCAAAAUUAAUUGGAAGGCUGAAUGAAGUCUUAAGCUCAAUUUCACCGCGUUCUGUGAAACACUCAGGUUUUUCAGCGCAUUCUUUUCAAUCAGGGAUAUACUCUAAACAUUCCAAAUCAAAUGCACAACUAACAGCUGAACUGUCUCCUGUAGAUUCUAUGAAGCGUUUAACCUCUGAUUUAUCUAUGAAAAUUAAAUGGACAACUAAAGAUAAACAUGUUGGCGGUUUAGGUUGGAUACCAAAUAGGCAAACACAAUGUAAACGUUUAAGUGAGUCAAAACAUUCAGUAGGUGGUGAUAAAGAAGGAGAAGAAGAAGAAGGAGAGGGGCAUGUAAUUACUGAUGAUGAUGAAAUUCUUAAAGCACUUCCAGGCUUAAAGAAAAGUCGAUUAAUCGGUGAUCAUUAUUACUUAGCACUUAGUGAUUCAGAUGAUGAGGAUGAUAAUACUGUAGGACAACGAAAGGAAGGAUAUUCUUCUCAGUCAAAGUCCACUUCAUACCAAGUAGGUAAAAAACGAAAGACACGAGAUGAUGAUGACCCGACUUGGAGUAUGUCUAGUCCUACACGUCGUCGAUGUGGAACAGGUAGCUGGAAGUCAAAAGAUUCAGGUCCUAUUUUUCCAAAUCUAAAGACAGGCAAAACAUCACUGCAUCCUUUGCUAAGUGAAGCUGGUGCAUCUUCAUCAUCAUCAUCAUCAAGUUCGAGUACUUUGAAAAGAGCCGGAGGUGCUUCAGCAUCCCCUGCCUCUGUCGCCACUGUGAAGAAAUCACGAACUAAACAGACUACAACUGUCCGACAACGUUUAGCUAAGCGUUUAGGUAUUUAAUUCAAAUGUCAACCAAGAGUGUGUGUAUCAGCCGGUUGGACGGUGGGGGGCGGAUCUUAAACCCUUUUAUUGCUACUAUAAUAUUAUUACUAUUCACAGUCUAGUGAUUUUUCCUUUCAUGAUUGAUUACUUCCAUUUUAUGAUUAUCAUUAUCAUCAUCAUCACCACCUCAUAGCAUAGCAUAUAUUGUGUUUUUGAUGGAGACUAUUUUUAUUUUAUUUAAUAAUUUCUAUUUUUAUUCUUUCAAUAAAUGUAAUUUUAAUAAUUUAUUAUAUUAGGAAUAGUAUUGUUCUUAAUAUUCUUAUCUCAGUAUCUACUGUUGUUAUUACUAGUACUACUAUUUCUAUUAUUAAUAUUACUACUGGUUUUGUCAAUAAAUACGUGCAGCAUAUUUCUACACACAUGAUAGUGUCUAUUCUAAUAUUUUCUUAUCUCUCUCUUUUUCUCUCCCUCUCUAUGCUUAAGCAUAUUGAUGUCUUAAUAGUUAUAUAUUUUUUUGAAUUGUCUCCUUUUUUCUAAUUUAACAUGAGAAUGAUAACGAUAGGCAAUAAUAAAUAAUAUUAACAAUAUUUAUAAUCAUAAUGAUAAAGUUAUAGUUGUUUGUUUCCUCAUAAUAGGUUUUAUUUUUUGUUUUGACCACCUUUUUCAUUUUUACAAAAACAUUAUUUGCAUUUAGGUGUGUUUUGUUUUUCUCUGAUUUUUUCUGAUUGAUAAUAUCAAACCUUUUCGUGUGUAUCUGUGUGUGUGUGUACGUGUGUAUCACCGACUAGUUAACUUAUUCAAAGCCAAGUUUUUAUGUGUUUUUUUAUUUAUUUGAAUAUUUGUCUCAUUUCAUUCUAGAUCUUGUUUUGUUUGACUUUAUUUAUUAUUAUUAUCGAAAGAAUAACACCCAAUCUCUCUUCUCUCACAUAUCCUAUAACUCAUUUGAUGAUUGUGAACUGGUGAAGUAGUCGUGUGCUCUGAGAUGAUGUGCUGUUGUUGCAUGCAUGUAUGUGGGUUUUAUAAUCUUAUGAAGUUUAGGUAUUUAUUGAGUGUUAUAGUCUCUUUCGAUUUUAUGUUAUGUUUGUUAAACAUCAUUAUUCAUGCAUUUGUUUGUAUGUUUGUUUAAAAUAAAAGAAUUUUAUCCAAAUAAAUUAGUUUAUCUGUU